AGAGUCAACCAAACCAACAAAAUAUAUCUUCUUGCGGGGCGUUUUGUUUAUGCCACGAUAGCUUUUAAAAUAAAUAAAUGCAUCGAAACACUAUUUAAAAGACAAUUUAAAUAAAAACCUAAAUAAGAAAUAACAAAACAAUAACCAUGGGUGACGGAAAGAUUUGCGAUAUUUCCGAUGAAGUACGUGACGAAUUAAAGAAGUUUCGCUUUAGGAAGAAUUCCUCAAAUUCAGCACUGAUAUUAAAAGUUGAUCGUGAAAAACAAAUCGUUGUUUUAGACGAACUUAUCGAUGAUAUCUCAGUGGAUGAGUUGCAGGAUGUCCUGCCAGGACAUCAGCCGAGAUAUGUCAUCUACACCUACAAAAUGGUGCAUGAUGACCAAAGAAUUUCUUAUCCGAUGUGCUUCAUAUUCUACACUCCAAGAGACAGUCAGAUUGAAUUACAAAUGAUGUAUGCAUGCACAAAGAGUGCAUUACAGCGUGAAGUUGACUUGACCAGAGUCUAUGAAAUUCGUGAAUUGGACGAGUUAACUGAAGAAUGGCUCAAAGAGAAACUCAAGUAGAUGUUUUUUGAAGCCAUAUGGGAUCUGUGUUCAAUAACAAUUUUAAUACCAACGACAACAUACCAAAAUAAUAUUCUAUUUUAAAGUAUUUACGCAAAAGAACGUAUACUAAUUUUUUUAAGGUAUUAAUUUCGUAAAGCAAUAACAGGUCAAAACAAUUUUAUAGUUUGACUAUCAUAAUUUAAUAAAACAACAAAUAAAAGACAAAAUGACAUAUUCAAAAAGUAGAAAUUUAAGAUACCAUUUAAUAUAUACACAACACAAAACUUACAUAGAAGUAUUGUUCUUUUUUUACAUUGAUAAAUUUAAUUGAUACACGAGAAAACAAAAAUAUAAUCCAUUAAAUGAAGCUAUGCUUGCCAAAAAAUA